UCACACAGGAAGAGGAGCAGCAGGAUUGCGGUUCAGAUCCGCGGAGCUGGAGGCGGCUUCAGUCCGAGGAGGCAGCGGGAACACAGGCUCUGCUGCGGGGGGAAGACAUGUAAGAUGGCAGAGCUACAAAUGCUGUUAGAGGAGGAGAUCCCCGCCGGGAAGCGGGCGCUGGUGGAGAGUUACCAGAACCUCACGCGGGUCGCGGACUACUGCGAGAACAACUAUGUCCAGGCCGAGGACAAGAGGAAAGCUCUGGAGGAGACCAAAGCCUACACCACCCAGUCCCUGGCCAGCGUAGCCUACCAGAUCAAUGCCUUAGCCAACAAUGUGCUGCAGCUGCUGGACAUCCAGGCUUCGCAGCUGCGGCGCAUGGAGUCCUCCAUCAACCACAUUUCCCAGACCGUGGACAUCCAUAAAGAGAAGGUAGCCAGGCGGGAGAUCGGGAUCCUGACCACCAACAAGAACACGGCGAGGACUCACAAGAUCAUAGCGCCGGCUAAUAUGGAGCGGCCAGUCAGGUACAUCAGGAAGCCCCUUGACUACACUGUACUGGACGAUGUCGGCCAUGGUGUCAAGUGGUUAAAAGCCAAGCAACAUGGAAACAAUCAGGCAGUCAGAGGAGGAACACUAUCGAGGACCAACCCGCCGACGCAGAAGCCGCCGAGUCCGCCCAUGUCCGGGCGCGGCACGAUCGGCCGCAACACGUCCUACAAGACCCUGGAGCCGGUGAAGCCGCCCACAGUGCCCAACGACUACAUGACCAGCCCAGCCCGAAUAGGCGGCCAGCACAGCCCCGGGCGCACGGCGUCGCUCAACCAGAGGCAACGCACACACAGUGGAAGCAGCGGGGGCAGCAGCAGCAGGGAGAACAGCGGCAGCAGCGGGGUUGGCAUUCCCAUCGCAGUGCCUACACCCUCCAUUCCCAGUUCUGGACCAGUCCCGCCCAUGUUCGCUCCUCCCCCACCCCCACCUCCUCCUCCUGUACCUCCACCUGCUCCUCCCAUGGCUGGGUUCGGUCCCCCAGCACCUCCUCCACCACCACCACUACCACCACCAGCACCCAUAGUGGUGGCCCCUGGGCCUGGUCUGGGCCCCGCUCCCAUGUCCCAGUUUGGAACCAUCUCGCGGCAGAUCUCGCGGCACAACCCCUCCAACUCCUCUGUCUCUAUGGUUUCGGCCACGGGCACCUACCGCCGGGCGCCGUCGGUCACUUCCCAGUUCUCCUUGCAGCAGCAGCAGCAACUACAGCAGCAGCAACUACAACUACAGCAGCAGCAGCAGCAGCAACAGCAGCAACAGCAGCAGCCUCAUAUAAACGGAGGCACUCCUGGCUAUGGUCAGAACUCAAUGUCUAUCGCUCCUCCUCCUCCCCCCAUGCCCCAGCUGACUCCACAGAUACCUCUGACUGGCUUUGUGGCCAGGAUGCAGGAGAGCAUUGCAGAUACUCCUACUCCUCCUCCCCCUCCGCCUCCGGAUGACCUGCCCAUGUUCGACGACUCCCCUCCCCCGCCACCGCCUCCGCCGGUGGAUUACGAGGAGGAGGACGCCGCUGUGGUGCACUACAAUGACCCCUACGCUGAUGGAGACCCGCAGUGGGCCCCCAAGAACUACGUCGAGAAAGUUGUUGCCAUCUACGACUACUGCCAGGACAAGGGCGACGAGCUGAGCUUCAUGGAGGGCUCGAUUAUCUACGUCAUCAAGAAGAACGACGACGGCUGGUACGAGGGCGUCAGCAACGGCGUCACCGGCCUGUUCCCCGGCAACUACGUGGAGUCCAUCAUGCACUACGCCGACUGACCCGGCAGCGACAGUACAGCCUAUUUAUUCAGUCAUAUCAUAAUCCACCGAGAGACAGACAGCAGCAAUCCCCCCCGACUCCUGAGAAGCUUAGACGUAACUGUAUGAUUCCCCCCCCCAUUUUUUGAUAUGACAGAAUGUUCUUUCCCUGAAUGAUUGCAAAUAAAAUUUAAAGUAAUAUCUAUUUAGUUUAUUUUGGUGUUAUAUGGGCGGGUGGGGGACUUUUACGGAAUAUGUAAAAAAAAAAAAGAAACAAAAAGAAAAAGGUUUGGACUGCACGUGCUCUCGCAGGCUGAACUAACACAGACCAAGCUGAAGGAUGUACACGCUGCCUGGACAAAGAUUCUGUGUUUUAGGGCUUUUGACGGAGCAAAUCAAAUGUUAGUGUCAUGUACGCACCCUCAGUUGAAGUGUUGGUUGUAUAUAACGUGAGCUGCAGCCACUUCCUGUGAUGUAAGUUCAGUGAAUGUCGACUAUAUGAUAAGUUUUCGCCCCCGAGGGCCCAUUUGUACGGGAAACGAACACAGACGGCGUGUCGAUAAUUUACAAAUUUAAAUACUGUAAAGAAAAAGAAAAUUACUCCUCUUGGCGUUAAAGCAUGCUCAGUUUAAAGAGAUAUAAUGUAACCUUGAGUUUAUUGCCAUUAUGCUUCCAUUAUAUUGUGUAUUCACCUUUUUUUUGUUUUUUUUAUUCCACUGUUGUCACUGAACUUUUUCGACCCUGAAGUGAAAUUUCAGGUCAAGUCUCACCUCUUAAAAAAAAACGCUCGUUUGCAUUUGAAGCUAAAAAGUGAAAUUUGCUCUGAUGCUCAUUUAGAUCAAAUCAAGAAAUCACAUUCCACAGUUUCUUUAUGUCACAUCACUGUCAUGCAUUAAAAACUAAUCACAACAAGUCUGUGGGAUCGUCAAUAAGAAGAGCCGGCUCUGAUAAGACCGUGGGGGGGCGUGCGGGCGGGGGGGAAAGGAAGGGGUGAGAUUGUCGUGCCUAACACUGCCAUGUGACAAUUCAGACGUGAUGUAGUCGACCAAUAAACAACUCUAAUACCUCCUCCGUCUUCUCAAAGCAACCACGACCUGCUCUGGGUUCCAGGGCUGUGUAAAAUCCUCCGGGCGCCACAGGUUUACGCAUUUAUCUCUUUAGUCCAAUCAGCCAAUCAGCAUUAGGUUUCACUCAGGUCUCCGAAUCAUCUUGAUGACGUCGUUCUCUUUCCUGUUUUGCCCUCCAACGCUCGUCUAACAUCUAACAGCUGAAGCCUUCAUGUUUUACCCAUUUGUGUUAUUUCCAAUUAUUAAAGUGUUCCAGCUCGAUUUCAUGGGUAGAAACAUUGAAAUCUAUCUCUGUCUGCCCUUCAUUUGUACAUAUGAAAUGAUUGAAAAAUUAAUGUACAGUCUUUUAUAAUAAACAAUUCUAUGUACAACA